GCGCCGGGGAGUUCGGGGCUCGGCCGGGGAGCGCCGCUGCCGCCGCGGUGGAGGCGUCCUCGCUGUUCGGUGCACGAUUGAGAGGAAAGGAGGUGUUGGGAGCGGUGGGGAUCCGAGCCGCCCUGCCUCUUUCUUCGCCCGCGUGCGGCAUCGAAGCGGUCUCCGCGUCUGCCCUGCGGUGCGCGGUGCGGGCUCCGGCCGGUGCGGGCGUGCGAGCGAGUGAGUGAGUGCGUGCGAUUUUAGGGGGUGGGGGCUGUGGGUGAACCAGUUAGGAAGAAUGACUCUGGAGUCCAUCAUGGCGUGCUGCCUGAGCGAGGAAGCCAAGGAAGCCCGGCGGAUCAACGACGAGAUCGAGCGGCAGCUGCGCCGCGACAAGCGGGACGCGCGCCGGGAGCUGAAGCUGCUGCUGCUGGGUACAGGAGAGAGUGGCAAAAGCACGUUUAUCAAGCAGAUGAGAAUCAUUCAUGGAUCAGGUUAUUCUGAUGAAGACAAAAGAGGCUUUACAAAACUGGUGUACCAGAAUAUAUUUACAGCAAUGCAGGCCAUGAUCAGAGCCAUGGAUACUCUCAAAAUUCCAUACAAGUAUGAACAUAAUAAGGCUCAUGCACAGUUAGUGCGGGAAGUUGAUGUAGAGAAGGUGUCAACUUUUGAGAACCCCUAUGUAGAUGCAAUAAGAAGCUUAUGGAAUGACCCUGGAAUUCAGGAAUGUUAUGACCGACGACGAGAGUAUCAGUUAUCAGAUUCAACUAAAUACUAUCUUAAUGACUUGGAUCGCAUAGCAGAUUCCACCUAUCUGCCAACUCAGCAAGACGUGCUUAGAGUUCGAGUUCCAACAACAGGAAUCAUUGAAUAUCCCUUUGACUUACAAAGCGUCAUUUUCAGAAUGGUGGAUGUAGGAGGCCAACGAUCAGAAAGAAGAAAAUGGAUACACUGCUUUGAAAAUGUCACAUCUAUCAUGUUCCUAGUAGCUCUUAGUGAAUACGAUCAAGUGCUUGUGGAAUCAGACAAUGAGAAUCGAAUGGAAGAGAGCAAAGCACUCUUUAGAACAAUUAUCACAUAUCCAUGGUUCCAGAACUCUUCAGUCAUUCUGUUCUUAAAUAAAAAGGAUCUCUUAGAAGAGAAAAUUAUGUACUCCCAUCUAGUUGAUUAUUUUCCAGAGUAUGAUGGACCACAGCGGGAUGCACAAGCGGCCCGAGAGUUCAUCCUGAAGAUGUUCGUGGACCUGAAUCCAGACAGUGACAAAAUUAUCUACUCCCACUUCACGUGCGCUACAGACACAGAGAAUAUCCGCUUCGUCUUUGCUGCUGUCAAGGACACAAUCUUACAGUUAAACCUGAAGGAGUACAACCUGGUCUAACUGUGCCAAGGAGGCCCUCCAGAGCCACCUUUGUGUGAUUGAAGAUAUACAGGAGGGACUGUAUUAUCUGUGAAAACAAUUUGCAUAAUACUAAUUUAUUGCCGGCCUAGGCUCUGUGAAACUCCACAGAGUUUGUAGUUAAUAUUAUGAUUUUAUUUAAACUACAUGGAGGAAAACCAAAAGAUGCUGAAGUACAUUCACAGCAAAUUUCCUCAUUUUUUAGGCAAAACCUUGUGACUCAAUGUAUUUGAAAUUCUCAGUCAUACACUUAUAAAGGAUAGCAGAUUUCUGCUAUCAGAGCAAAAUCAAGCUUGUUUCCCUAACCCUUUCCCUUUCCCACCUUCCUCUUCUUCUUUAUCUUUUUAAAGGUACAAUGGCCUUUUUUUCCCAGUUACAUUCCCGAGUAAGAACAUUUUCUGUUGACCGAUUUGGUCAGGAAAAUACUGUCAUCAGAAUUCAUCAGACAAUUAUAACUUCACAGUAUGUAAUUCUCUGGUGGAUCAAAAGUCUGGAUACUGUGAUUUUUAAAUUCUUGACAUGAGUGUUUUCAUUCUGUCUUUUGCGACUAGAAUACUGAGAUCACAAAGUAGAAUUACAGUUUUGUAUGAAUACUAAACUAUUUUCAUUGUUUGGAAAGGUGCGUUGAAGACAGUAAUGAAAUAAUUAAAACACAGCUUAGGAUGUACACUGAAUAUGACAGAAUCUCUUUUAAAUUGCCAUGUGCCGUUUUUUUCUUUCUUCUUUCAUUCACAAAUGCCAAACAGAAAUGUCACAGACACUACAUUUUCCCCAGUGGCUACAGCCUGAAACAGUGUUCUUUUUUCCUUCUUUGGUUGUGGUUUUUUUUUUUGUUUUUACUUAGCUCUUUUUAAGCAUCGUUUUCUUUUUUUGUUUUGUUUUGUUGUUAGUGGUUGUUUUUUUUUUUCACAUUAGAAAAACUAUUUUUGUUGUAUCAAAAUAAUGUUGCCAAAUCUGGCUUUUAUAAAAUGAAUAGUCUUGAAACAUAAGAUACUAAUUGAAAUGCCAAACUGAUGAGUUGGGAACUGACCUGAUUGAGUCAACUGCCAAAAGAUAUACAAACAAUAUCAGCUCCUAUGUUCCCUUUAUCAGAAAGUGUUCAGUUCAAAUACCAAAAACAACAGUGUGCGUGAGUCUGCUACAAGGUUACAAGGUGCACCACGCACAUGCAUAUGGUCUGCUAAUUUACAGACAGUUCAAGUCUCUCCUUAUGUCAGAUACGGCAUGAGAUUGUUUUCUGUGAUAGUAUCAAGGCACAUUUAGUUGUACAACAAAAAAAAAUAUUGAUGGGGGAUCACAUACAGGAACCUUUCUUGAUAAGGUUGCUUGUUAACUCAUUCACAGACAUUUGAUAGGCUUUCAUGCAAAAUAGCCUCUCUCGAUGUUCUUUAGAAAAGAUGUAGUAGUGUAAAUGAUACAGUGAAAAAAAUCAUUCUUGAAAUUUUAACGUGCAAUUUUUUUAACAACAAAAACGCAGCACACAUUGAUGAGCCUUUAUUCUGCAGCUUAGGUUAAAAGGUGUUUUCUGAUCAGGUGCAUGAUUGCUAGCAAGCUACAGAAGACUCAGAGAUCAGGCAUGUAAUUAGAUUGAUUAUCUGCAUUGCCAAGUAGCACUAGAAUGCACUUAACACAGAAAUUUCUGCCUCGUAGCAGCAAGUGGGAGGUGGAAAAAAAAAUGGCUUGAUUUUGAUUACCAAAGUUAACAAUAAAUACUAAUGAGACGUUUUUCAUCCUUAACCCUCCCAAGUCCAAAACAACAUUAAUAAGAACAAUUACUAUUUUUUGGUCCCUCAUGAUACACCUUGUAAUUUAAAACUGGUUGUAGGUAUAGUGCAAUUAUGAAUGCUAUAAUCAUUGUACAUACAUCUAUAUAUAUAUAUGGCAGCAUCCAUAUUGGCUUUGUAAUCAUUAAUUUUUGGCAAAUUGAAUGUGCUGUAUUGAUAUGUAUCUAUGUAAUUGUAUUGUAUGUCUUAUAGCUAAUUCACAUUUUAAAUAAUGUUAUUUUAUUUACUUUUUUUUUAAGAGAGAAGAAUGUAAAUUUUGUCAGUUUAUUUCUGACUAGGGAUUUGUUGUUGUUUUUUAUUUACAAAACAAAAAAAUUACUAUAGUACAGAGCGGUACUAGCAUCGUGCUGUAUAAAAUCAUUUGCACAUUCCUGAGUAGAAGUAAAUUGGAGACACCCAGACAGAGGCCAUUCACAUCUGAAUCUGCUUAAAGCUUAUCAGGGCUUUGUACAGAUGUGGAAACCAGUUUUGUGAGGAGAAUGUAAGCUGUUAGAUCUGGGAUUGGAACAUAAGCUCUUUAUAUUUGACAGAUUUGCAUUAGGUUACUUUUACUUUCUGAGAACCUUUUAUUAGAAAAGUGAGUUUAAAGAUGAUUCAAGCCACUGCACAUAAAUACUUGUGGGUAUAUGCUGUUUCCCUAAAAAAAAAACAAAAAACAAACAAACAAAAAUAACCCAGAACGUCAGAUGAAUUAAACAAUAGUGUAGAAAUUCCAGAAACUUUAGAUAACAACAACCAAAACAUCACUUCACUAUUGUUAACAACUGUAAAAUGUUAAAGCUUUUUGUUUAAUAAAGAUAAAACAGAUGAGUGUAGGUUAUAAAAAGUGACACUGGCAUUCUAAAUAGGUGAUCAGAGCAGUUAGUGUAAUAUACAGCAUUACAGAAUUGGUCCUGAUAUUGCUAUAAAUGCAACAGAGCUUCUUGUUUUACAGUUCCACAGCUGAUAAUAUCCCUUCUUUUAACCUGGGAAUGCAUUGGGUGUGCUGGACAUAGUGAUAUAAAUCUGUGGCCAGAGAGAGAGGGGGAAAAAAAGCCAGUGGUGUCUAACUGAGGUUUGAUUUGGUGGUUUUUUGUUUUAUUUUGAUUUUUGUUGUGGAAUAUUAGGUCUGGGAGAAGCACAUGUUGUUUCAAGUUUUGUAUAAAAGCAAAACAAAAGUUUACUCAUGCUUUGUAGUUAUAUUGUGAUUGCAAAAGUUUUAAAGAGUGUGUGCCACUGGUCUUCUUCUGGUGUAUUUUAAGUAAGUUGAACCUGUGGCAAUGUUUAGAUCAUUUGAGCAUGUUGUGGAAAAAAAAAAAAAAAGUAGUCAGCAUGCCAAGGCAAGCUUUACACAAAUCACCUAACACAGCAUUGCAGUGUGACAGUUUACAAAAACAUUUCCUUUUUAAAUGACACAGCUGUUCCCACUUGCAAUAUACUGUUGUUGUUGUUGUUGUUGUUGUGUUGUUGUCGUUGCUGUUGUUUUAACUGGUGAUUUCUACUAUGCCUUAUAGUACUUGAGUCCAGGAGUUUGUGCCUCUAACAUGAAGCUGAAGGCAAAAAUAAGACAGAAACCCUUUUAACUUUGCCAAAAUUAUGUGAUUUCUUUGAAUGUCAUGAAUGGGUGAGGAGGGAAGGAAAACGUCUUGGUAACCUGUGUAUUCUAGAUGUUCGCUAGCACAAGAAAGCUGUUAUAUGUGUUUUACAGAAACCUUAAACUUGCCUUUUUCACUAAUUAUCUGGCACUGUCCUUGCAUAUGUAGGAUGAUGCAGCUAUAAGGGCAGUUUACUUUUUAUAUUUAUGACUCUUUUGAUUGUCAAGGUGUAUGAACUGUAACUUUUAAUCAUACUGCCACAUGAUUGUGAAUCAGUUUUUUAAGUUUGAAAAUGGAGGAGACUUUUUAUGCUGGAUAUCAGUCAGAAUUGACUGCAUGAGUUGCAAAAACUUAAAUGGGGGGAAAAGGGCUGCAUAUAAAGACAUUGCUAGGCUCCCAGCCUUUGGUUGUAAGGGUCAGAAGAUUUUCAGAUUACUCAUAAGGACCCUCUCCUUGUUAUACAUUCUUCACAAAAGAAUGACAUAUUAGGAGAAGACAUGUUAACCCACAUGAAAAAAUAAAAUUUACCCAAAUUAUUUAUUAUAUGUGCUGCUGUUCUUGAAGCUCUGUGCAUGGUUAUCCUGCAUACUGUAAACUAAUGAAGUGUGCACAGCACAUUAACAAGGCCUACAAAUGACCUACCUCUAGCUAAGAGACCAGUAAAAUAAAUACGUUUUGAAGAGACCAUCAGAAGAUAGGAAAUUAAAAUGGACAUGAUUUAUGUAGUCAACUACUGUAAUUUAGAAAUUCAUGCUUUUGUAAAUACAGUCCCUCUUUUGACAUAAACCAUACAUUCUAAAAUUUAGUAUGCAUUAAAAAACUAAAGCCAUCUGUCCUUGUCUAAUUUGUUAGUUUAGUAGAGGUCUUGCAAAACUGUAUGUUUUGUGUGAGGAGUUACUGAUAUUUCCUCUUUUUUGUCUUAUAUUUACCCAUAACACUUUGAGUUGUAUCAGUCAAAACAGAAACAUUUCCAUGUAAUCAGUAAUCCAGUCAUUAUCUAGUUAAGGGGAUAUUGCUGUAAGUUUCACUCAAGCUUUUUCACAGUAGCCAUGCUGCAGGGAAAAAAAAGAAAAAAAGAAAAAAAGAAAAAAAAAAAAAAAAAAGAGGAAUGAAGGGGAAUUUUGAAGGCAGUGUAAAAAUACAAGAUAAAUCAGAUCAAUCUUACUGUAAAGCUGUGGGUUUGUUGUGUUUUUUUUUUUUUUUUUUUUUU